AUGACGUUAGCUCCUGAACGCAUCAGCAUCAAGCGCAGAAGGCAGGAGGAACCGGUAGAGACCUUGUACCUUGAACAAAGCUCCGCUCCUGAUCGAAAGAGACGAGUCACCGACUUCUACUUUCAACGUGUCCAGAUCCAGGUUCCACUCGUCGCUCCACUAUCUCAACCGAGUACUGGACCUCAUGUCACCCGUCCAGCAUCAUCUGGAGUUCCUUCGGUCCGUACGUCCGCUCCAGGAGACAAUGUACGCGAUUACAAUACGUUGAGGGAAGCUUGGAGGGCGAAGAGCGAGGAAGAUGCACCAAAGAGACACGGAGGAGUCAGUCAGGGUCUCAGAGAUUCGCAAAAUGCAGGCAACACAAAGCCAGUUUCGACAUCUGCAGAGGUCAAAGAUUUACAACAACUUCGACGAUUCCACCUAGCUCGCCACCUCUCCACGGCGCCUUCUGGAGGACUUGAAAGAAAGAAAAUUGAUAUUCGACCACCACUGGCAACCUUUGUUGAGAGACGGCCUGCGUCAAACAAGCAUGAGAAAAGCUCCAUCUAUCAGGGUGAACCCGUCGACAAGGUUAUAAAUCUUCCUCAUGAUCGUAACGGGGCAACCCUAGUUGCUGGUGUUGAUGAACCACCGAGCCUUGCUGCACUGCAAACUUCGGACCGUACGCCAAUUAAACCCUUUGUGGCUGCCGAAGCUCACACAAAACGAAAGGGGACUUCUAUUCAAGAUCAUCCUAGUACAUGGGAUCAUGAUUCCGAUCAACUGGCGGACGAAUUGGCAGCCCUGGCCAUGGAGUUUGACCCUGAGAUCCAGAACAAAGCAGUCGAGCCUGAAGCUGCUGAGGAAAUCCCUAUACUGUCCACAGCUGUUGAAGAAGACUUGGAUCGAAUGAUUCUUGAUGAUAACGACUUUGUUUACGAGACGUAUAUCAAAGUGCAACAGGAACAAGGAGGAAAUCCUAUCACGAAUAUGGAGGACUGGGCAUUCAAAGUCGGUGUCCUUGUAAUUGACGAAGAAGAUGAGGAUUUGUGGAACAAGUAUGUGGACAGUGACGAAGAAGAUGACUGGGAUGAGGAAGACUCGAAUGCCGAGGACAACCCCUCCAACGACUAUCCUGAAGAUGAGGUCAGUUCUGAUGACCAGUUUUCUCGCAAUCCGUACAAAUAUCGCCAAUAUGACUCGGACAACGAGUACGAUGACGAUUAUCUAUGA